AUGUUCCUCGGUCAUAUGCCCACCGCUCAACUGCUACAUAAAUACCAACUGGAUGAGUUCCGUGACGUUGUAGAAGCGGUGAAAGAGGGAAAUCUAGCAAAGUUGGAUCAAGCACUUGAAGCGAAUGAGCACUUUUUUAUCCAAUGCGGGAUAUUCUUGAUGCUGGAAAAAUUACGUUCGAUCACUUUUCGGACACUUUUCAAGCGAAUAUCGACCAUCAUUGGAGGGAAUCAAAUCCCUCUCAAAGCAUUUUAUACCAUUAUUCAGUAUCUUGGCGUAACGGACGUUGAUGAGGACGAACUGGAAUGUAUCGUUGCGAAUCUCAUUGCGGAGAAGAAGAUCAAAGGAUAUAUUUCACAUCAACAUCAAAAGUUGGUCGUAAGUAAAAAGGAUCCUUUCCCGCCACUCUCGUCUGUUUAA